AUGAAGACAAGCAGAGAUCUCUUUGCUAGAUUGCUGAUUUUGUCAAAAACUCGCGAAAUCAACCUGAAAGAGUUGCUCUCGUAUAGCCUGAGUGAUUAUCCGCUUUCGUUGGCAACUGUUAAUGGAGGUCUAGUGAAGACAGCAAAAGCCAAAAUGUUCGAAAUUUUAGAAGGUAUGGCUCUUAACAGUGGCGGAAUUCACUUUUUCCGGGGGGGGCGGCGAAGCCUUCAAAAUUUCCGACAAAACUUUCAAAGUUUGUAGCCCUUUUAUAGGUCAAAAUUUCCGAAAAUUCGUCAUUUUCCACGAAGGUGGUGGGGAGGGGGCACCCCACCAAGAUUUCCGCCACUGGCUCUUAAUCCAGUUAUAUAUAUGCCGAAGACAUAGGAGAACGUAAUGCACUUAUCAUUGACGUAAUGGCUGUUAUACAAAUGAUGAACGGCAAGUGCCAAGUGGAAAACAUUUGCAGAGUUUGCAAAUUCCUUAUUUAGCCAUUUGGUAAAGCUAGCACUACAAUGGAAAGCUACCAGACUAGAUUUUGUCGCUGGUAGAUACCCUGAAGUAAGCAUAAAAAAUGCAUAGCGGAGAAGGAGGGCGUCGGAAGGUGUCCAGAGAGUUCAGAUACUUAGAAAGGACCAAAGCGUCCCCAAACAGUGGAAGAAAUAUAUGAGCUGUGGAAAAAAAUAAAGAAUCGUUGAUCGCAUUUCUGUGUGAUUAUUGGAGUACGUAUCAGUCCUCGUGUCUGUGCUACAUAGAAUGCCUGUACAUCACGUCAAAGUGUAAAUGCCACUUGCUAACAACUGGAUCUUCCCCGAAUGAUUGUGUCCUACAUCAUGAAGUUCCUGAACUUCAAUGUGAUCACGAAGAAGCCGAUACACGUUUACUUCUUCAUUCAAAUCAUGCAGCCAAAACUCAUGACACCAUCAUUGUUAAAAUCCCGGACACAGAUGUGUUUUUGCUUUGUAUUGCCAUGUGGAGGACAAUUGGCAAGAAAUUCCACGUGAUGGUAGGGACAGGUAACAUAUUUCGAAUUAUAGAUACUUCAGCCAUAUCUGACGUACUUGGACAAGAGCUAUGCUCUUGCUUGCUGGGAUUUCAUGCCGUUUCAGGUACACAGAUUUUUUGUAUAUUGCAUACGUUAGGUGUACGCGGUAAGGAAUUACAAAAACUAAAAGAACGAUUUUUUUAUAUUUUGAUAGGUUGUGACUCCACAAGUGUCUUUUGCGGAAAAGGAAAAGCGAAGCCAUGGAAGAUAUUUCAGGACAAUACAGACUUCGUUCAAAGUUUCUGCGAUCUGGGAAAAUCGUCCACUCUAUCACAGGAUCUUGUCAUGUCGCUGAAUGUUUUUGUUUGUUUGCUGUACGGCGACAAUGAGUGUCGAUACAGUCUUUUCAAAGCAGAAAUGUUCAGAUGA